AUGCCCGGGACGUUACCGACGAGCCCGGAUCCUUUCAGCCCGGGAGGCAGCGACACACUUUCACCGGUUUCCCCGAAAGAGAAGAAGCCCCGGCGGCUGCUGUCGCUCAAGCUGAGGCGGAAAAAAUCCAAGCCCAAAAAUGAGGACGUCUUCUUCCCCGAGACCGAUGAACUGGACAGCUUUAACAGCCAGAGGAGCUUUGACCAGAUGAGCGUAACGACUGAGUGCAGUUUCCAGACUGAGUCGGACUGGGACCCAUAUUCUGAGUGCAACUCCAUGAUCAGCUUUGACAUGACUCAGCCGUACAGCCCGAACUCACCCUCCAAAUCUCACAAGAAUUCGGAGGAGAAGAAGGGAGUGUUUGAUCGCCUCAGCAACUUCUUCAGCUCCAGGAAAAAGAAGAGUAGUAGGCACCAUUCAAACGCCUCCAGUGAUGACCGAUCCACUGCGUCCCCGCCGAUGUCUCCGCAUUCACCCGAGUAUGAGCAGCAGGACGGGCUGAAGACGCCCACUCCCCCCCGAAAAAGUGAGACCACGGCGGGAGCAGAUGGAGGCGACGCGGGCAGCCGAGGCUCGAGUCCCAGCGCCGCGAGCGUGGUUUCUCUGAUAAUAGACGAGGCCGACCUCCCAUUUGCGGACAGCAACAGCAGUGGUCAGAGCAGCGUGAGGGAGGUUUACGUGGGCAGGAUCAGCACGGCCACAGGUGAAAAGAAUUCUGGGAAUGUGACUCCCACCCUCCUGGACCCUGACACCACCACCACUGCUGAUCUGAGCUCAGGUUUAGGCUUCACAGAGUCAGUGGUGGAGGAAGUCAACAAAAAGCUGCACGUUCAGUUACAAGAACGCAUUCUGACAAACACGGAGGGCCCCAGUGAGGACAGCGCAAUUAGUCCAACCACUCUGAUAACGUUUAAAAAAUCCCCGUCCAUCACAGCCGACGGUCCAAAGUCACCCAACUUAACGUCCAUUAGCUUAGCAUCAAAGAAAACGUCUGUGACGGUCGGAGAGAAAGGGCACAGCAGUGCUCUGACAGGAAUAAGAUUAGGAUCCCAGUCUUCUACCUCACACGUCACCACAAACAAACAGGAAGAUGAAGAGAAGGACAACUCCAGAGACAAACGGAGAGCGAGGAUAUUCUCUGGGGAAACCACAGUCACGACAUGGGGCCCUUCAACUGACAGAGAGGAAUUAGCCAGAAGUGAUUCUCCGGUACAGCUUCACAAAGCCAUCUGGGUGGAAACACACCUGGGAGAGGAGGGGGAGCAAGACUGGGAUGUACUGACAGAAAGGGAGGAGGGCUCUGGAGCAGACUCACCUCCCGUGUUGGCUAUACCUGUCACAGUAAUUCCUGAGGAUGAAUCUGUAACUGCAGACGGCCCCUCUUCCCCCCCAGAGACUCCGCCGCCCAGUGGCAGCCUGCCACAAGCAGUUACAACCCCGGCUGUGACCACGGGGGAGUUGCACACAAACUCAGCGCAGCUAGAGGAGCCUUCCACUGGCACAGACUCAACGAAAAGUUCACUUCCUCCUGAGAAACGCAGAACCAGAGAAAACCGUGUCACGCGCAAGACUGUCAAUCUGCCCUCGAAGCACAGGGCUUUUGCCCAGAGGGUGAAUCUUAGCCCAGAGUCAAGUUUAGAGGCGAGUGAAGCGGAGCACAGCAGAGAUUCACCUUCAAAGACUUCAGAUCAAGUGCCAAGCCUCCAAAGCAACAGCACUGCAGAGCUCAAGCAAACCAACCUUGAACAUCCAACAACAGAUGAGACUGCACUCUGUGACCCAAACACAUCUGAGAUUCUAGCUGAAGGAAGAGCUGACUCAGUGUGCUCCGACCUCGAGGACGCCUCUGCAAAUGUGGACAUGCACAGACCGCAGCCACAAGCACCGGGGUCUGGCAAAAAAGGCCAAGAGUCAACCCAGGCUAUGGCCUCUAAAGGAGGGCCGAAAGCCACUGGAGCAAAGACCCCAACCUCUGCUGCUGGAAGCAAAACCAACAGUGUCUCAGUGAAAGCAAAAGUCUCCACAGACGGCACAAAAGUUUCUAUGUUACCGACUUUAAAAGAUCAAAGCACCAGUGUUUCUUCGACUACAGAGGGUUCAAAGUCUAAAAUCCCCAAAAGGGCAGUGUCAGAUGCUGAUGUGAAAUCACCUGGGACGCCAGAUAAAACAUCAGCCACCGAUGCCUCAGUGGUCACUUCUAAACUACAAAAGCAAACUAGAACCAAAGACUCUUUGAAAUCUGUGGUCACUCCGGCCAGAGCUGGCAGGAAACCAAGUUUUGAUGAAGCAAAGGGAGGGAAAACUUUGUCAGGAGAAGUUUCUCCCACAAAAAGCAUAUUCAGGAAAGGAACAAAGCUUAAAGAAAAGUCAGAGGGGGACAGUGGCUCUGUUAGCCUGGUAAAUGGCUUGGAGAAAGAUCAUAGGGAGAGCGCUGUUAAAACAGUGCACACACCUGGAAAGGAAAGCGUGGAUGUGAAAAAACAGUCACAGAGCCAUCUGGAGAAUAAUGCCUCCCCGUCAUCAAAGAGUCGCUUACCUAUUUCAUCUCCGACACGGAAGACUAUGGAUGAUACGACACAAGUCAGUGGCACCAGCUAUAAAAAACCUGCGCAGACCGAGACAGACAGAGCGGAGAGAACGUCAGAUAAGCAUGAAGCAGAGAGACGUGGUCGUGACGCACCUUCCUCCCCUCCUCAAAGUUCCAUGAAAGGAGGAAUGCUUUCAACAAAACCAUCCAAACACCUCCCUAAAAGGAGCCAUGAGGAGAGUGACACUUCCGUCCCAGGUGUCUCUGCACCUCCUGCAGAGCCAGAGAAAACCUCCAGGAUUUCCAAACAGACUGAAAACAUCAAACAACAACAGCAAAAGAGUCCAGUGAAGGAUCCAGCUGAUCCCUUAUCAUCUGUGAGCAGACUUCCAACGCUGGGUCAGAAAAGCUCCAACAAAAUGAAAGUCAAAAAUGUGAGAGAAUCUGAGAGUUCUGCAAACACGGUGGACUCCAGUCAGAACUCUGACAAGGCAGCAGCAGUCAAAGCAUCUGAUGACGUGGAGGACAGUGUCACUCAUGACAGACACAACAUUAUAAAACCUUCAGAUGAACAGUCAUUAGAAGAAAAUGAAUCACAGAGCGGGAUUUUAAAAAUUCAGCGAACACAAAACCGUGAUGCAAUCAUCACACCAUUAGCAGACCCAGUGUCUACGUUCUUGUCCAGCAGUGACGUUGUUGAAGCCACUGAUGUCUCUGGUGUCAAAGACGCUGAGGCACACGGCCAGGAAAGACAGCGUGAAGAUAAACCUCAAACAAAAAUGCAGAUUUCACCUGAACAAGUAUCUGACACACAACGCAAUGACACAACAAAAGAGCAGCAAACACAGCUAGUACUACAAAGUUCUCCCCAAGGAGAAGAUAUUUUAGAAACAACCCAGAUAAUAAGAAAAAUAAAACCAGAUUUCAGUCAGGAGGAUGAGCCAAAGCCUGCAGUGGUUGACAUAAUCCCUGCCCAGGAGGACGUAACCGAUAUGUCGGCCAAACCUGUUGCGGUUGAUCGCUGUGACAUAAUGACCCACUCUGAUGAGGAUAGUGUCUCUUUAAAAGAAACAACAGAGGUCACUGCUACAGAAGAGAUGACCUCAAAUAGUUGUGCUGCUAAAAUGAGCUUAAAAGAUGAAGAUGCUGAGCUGAAGGAUGCCGUUUUAUCCACUCCCAUUAACCUGGCCAAUAUAGAGCAGCAGAUAAAAAUCAAGGAUCAAACAGUAAAUGCAAUUAUUGACAAAGAUCCGUCCUCCACAUUGGUCACAGAGUCAGUGAACAUUUUUGAGGUGGAAGAGAAAACUAACGAGGAGGUUGGCAGAAAACCACCAGAGGAUUUGGACAUUCAAACAGAGACUGUGACUGUUUGUAAAGUACCCAAGAAUGUUGAAAAUAAGUUAGACAAAGAGCCUCUUUUACUGGCAGGAAGGUUUGAACGUCAGAAGAAAGAGUCAGAACCAAAGGACAAGCUGAACGAGACAGCAGUGGAAAACACGGACUCGCGGCACAGUUGCCAAGAGGAGCUCGAGAGCAAAACCAACGAGGCUGAAACAGAAAAAGAUAUUUCAAAACCAGAGUACGAUCCAACAUCAGAAGAGAAAUGUCUACAGUCUGACUCAGAGGACGGACAGCAGACGGUAGAUAUAGACGCCCUGGAGGAGAAGAGGACAGAGGCAGCGCAAGAAAGGAGUGAAUUUAAUGAAGCUACACCCAGUGCGUUUGAUUCAAAUCAUGCGAUUGUUUUGAAAGAAAAUAAAGAGAGUGGUGGUGAGGAAGCCCGGCAAGCCGAGCAGCAGAUGACGACUGAACAGGAGCCCAAACUACUUCUGACUGAGGAUGAAGUCAAGAAUGUCACCACAAAGGAGGAAGAAAAACAUGCGGAUGAUGUCAAGGAAAAACAAAAUGCAGAAAUUAAAGCCAUAAUCCCUAUCACACCGGAUGCUGCAGGUAAUAAAAAAGAUGAGAGUUUACCAAAUGAGACUCCUCAGUCUGAAGGUAACAAUCAAGCAGAUAAGAAAGCCUUAAUUCACAAAGACCAAGGUGAAAAUAUUGAUAUCACAGAGGCAAAUGCUCAUAUAUCAGCAGAAUCCACACGUCCAGAUACUACAGUUGUGCAGAAACCCGAGAAACAAAAAGCUCCAGAGAAGAAAACAACAAUAAGUGACAUUUUACAAGAUGAAAAGAUUGAUAAGACAGAGAAAAAUGCUCAUAGAUCAGCAGAAUCCACACGUCCAGAUACUACAGUUGUGCAGAAACCCGAGAAACAAAAAGCUCCGGAGAAGAAAACAACAAAAAGUGACAUUUUACAAGAUGAAAGUAUUGACAAGACAGAGACAAAUGCUCAUAGAUCAGUAGAAUCCACACGUCCAGAUACUACAGUUGAGCAGAAACCAGAGAAACAAAAAGCUCCGGAGAAGAAAACAACAAAAAGUGACAUUUUACAAGAUGAAAGUAUUGACAAGACAGAGACAAAUGCUCAUAGAUCAGUAGAAUCCACACGUCCAGAUACUACAGUUGAGCAGAAACCAGAGAAACAAAAAGCUCCGGAGAAGAAAACAACAAAAAGUGACAUUUUACAAGAUGAAAAGAUUGAUAAGACAGAGAAAAAUGCUCAUAGAUCAGCAGAAUCCACACGUCCAGAUACUACAGUUGAGCAGAAACCAGAGAAACAAAAAGCUCCGGAGAAGAAAACAACAAAAAGUGACAUUUUACAAGAUGAAAAGAUUGAUAAGACAGAGAAAAAUGCUCAUAGAUCAGCAGAAUCCACACGUCCAGAUACUACAGUUGUGCAGAAACCCGAGAAACAAAAAGCUCCGGAGAAGAAAACAACAAAAAGUGACAUUUUACAAGAUGAAAGUAUUGACAAGACGGAGAAAAAUGCUCAUAGAUCAGCAGAAUCCACACGUCCAGAUACUACAGUUGUGCAGAAACCCGAGAAACAAAAAGCUCUGGAGAAGAAAACAACAAAAAGUGACAUUUUACAAGAUGAAAAGAUUGAUAAGACAGAGAAAAAUGCUCAUAGAUCAGCAGAAUCCACACGUACAGAUACUACAGUUGAGCAGAAACCAGAGAAACAAAAAGCUCCGGAGAAGAAAACAACAAAAAGUGACAUUUUACAAGAUGAAAGUAUUGACAAGACAGAGAAAAAUGCUCAUAGAUCAGCAGAAUCCACACGUACAGAUACUACAGUUGAGCAGAAACCAGAGAAACAAAACGCUCCAGAGAAGAAAACAACAAAAAGUUACAUUUUGCAAAUGGCACCAACCCAACAAGUGCUAACAGUUAGCGCUGAAGCUCAGAAUGCUCAUAAAGACAUUGAAGAAAAGACUGAAACUAUUGUUACAUCAGAAAAGGACUUGGUGAGUGAGACGUCAGUUGUUAAUGCAGACAUUAAAGAUGUCCAAGAUCAGAAGUCCAUAACUGUUAAAGACACCGGGGACAUCGAUAACAUGGAUAAAAACAAAUCAACCAAAGCUGAAGGUCCAGAGACAGAGAGAAUUAAAACUGAAGAUCAAGAGAGCAGAGAAACAGAUGCGACUCAAGAACUCAAACCUGAAGUUACAAAUGAAAAGACUGAAAUAAAGGAUUCUUCUUUAGACAGUUUGAUGAAUGAGACAGCAGUCACUGACAUAGAAGUUAGCUCCCCUAAGGACCAGACACCUAUAAUUGUUGGAAACAAAAUGAAGAGCCUGAAAAAGGGAGAGAAGAGGACAACAACAGAGUCCAAACAACCAACUUUUAAUCCAGAACCAAAACAGGAAACAAAAGCUGUGGAGCAGACACGUGAAAACUCAACUCAAGAACUUGACUCCAUAAGCAGCAACGAUACAAAGAACAACACUGAAACUGAGGAUAAUGUGAACGCCAACAGUGACGUGAACAACCAACGGAUCGAAAAGCCCAUAAUUGUAAGUGACCAAGAUAAGAACACUACAGAACCACAUACUGACCUAAAGCAGAAGACACAAACAGUAAGAACGGAGAGAAGCUCAGAAAAACAUAUUCAAAAAGUGAAGUCUGAAAACAACAAAACUCAGACUGACGAGGGAAUAAAAGACAAGACUGAAACGAAGGAUUCAUCGACAAAGAAUCUGUCAGCAACUGUGAAAGUUGACUCUAAGGUCGGUGACCAAAAAGACAAGAUGUCCUCAGUUUUCAGCGGUGAACAUGUGGACAAUGAGAAAUUGGAAGAAACCACCGCUCCAUCCACAGACUCCAAAGCUCCAAACGUUUGCCAAGAGCGGGAAACAAAGACUGAAUCUAUGAAAAUAUCAGCAGAUGCUAAAUUACCUGAAAAAUCACGCGUCUUCACUGCUGGUCAUAAGAGUCACAAGAUGCAGAAACCGAAAAGCUCGACAAAAGAAUGUGUUCAAGACGAGAAGAAAGUGGCAAAGCAAGAGGAUCAGCACAUAAACACGUCCACGAUGGACAUGAAGCAAGACUCAGAAUCCAUUGUUGUAAAAGACGCGACUCGCAAAGAAGUUGGUGGAGAACAGUCUGAAGUUAUUUUAGACCAAAUACACAUUAGUGUUGAAGACCAGAAGAAAGAGUCCAUCACCAUCAGUGUUCUAAAAGACAAACUGCCACCUUUAAAAGAGGAGAACAUCUUAAACCUCACAGAUCCACAAAUCCCUAUGAAGCCAACAAUCAAUGUGCCAGCAAAGUCUUCCGCUCCAUCUCAAAGCCCUCAGCUAAAGAAAGAAUCUCCAUCCAGCUGGUUAGACGUGGAACAUCGUCAAAAACAGAAGAAGGAAAACAAAAAAAGGCUUGAAUCCUCAGUCAGUGAGGAUGAAUCCGUGGAGACUGAUGACUUUGAUGAUUUUAUCAGGAGCAUCAAGGAAGGCGGAAUUCCCUUUUCCCUCCCUCCAAAGAGGCACGUCCGUAAAAAGUCCCCAUCUCCACAGUUUGCCAUGCCAGCCAUUAAGGAGGACCGCUUUGAGAAGACAUUUGAUCCUGAUGAAUUUCAGUUUGGCUUAAGGAAAAAAGACAAACUGUUCAAGGAUCCCUCACCAGCUAUGGUGAUCAAACAAAACGCAGCGAACAGGGAAGGACGGAGUCUGGACAAACGUAAUGCCCCGUCCACGUCCAAAGACAAAAACAAAUCAUUUGAUGAGGUGGAAGGAAAGGGGGGACACACAAAUUCAUUUUCUGAAGCCAGAAAUGAAGAGGAACAAAGCAACGGAGAGGAGCCUGGGAAGUUCUCGUCAAGACUUGAAAGGAUGUCCAUCCUCUCCAGCUUACGCUCCACCAGGAAGACCAAAGAGGAAACUACCUCUGGCUCAAGUAGCUCUUUUUCAACAAACCAACAAGACUCGGCCUCUCUUGGAAAGCAGGGUGUUGACUCACCUCUGCACGGUGGUGGAGCAGAUAAAGAGGGUGUGAAGGAUCAAGGACCUCUUGUCGGCAGUGGUAAAAGUGUAAUAAAUGAGUCACUUGACUCCUCCUCCUCCUCCUCCUCCUCUCCUCCUCCUCUUCCCAUGUUCUCAGAGAUCAAGCUGCCAGAUCAUUUGGAGAAAUACUUCAAGAUGUCAAAUAAAGAAUCAGAGGCCUCUCCUGGCUCCUCACAGAGUCCUCAAACUGAACUCAAUUCAGAGCAGAGUACAGUUAAAGACCAGGCCUUGAAAUCACAACGACAGGAAAUGGACAUGGGCCCUCAGGGUUCUGCUGCACCGCCUCCAACCACCGUCCAACACAGACGAGCAAUGAAGAAAAGGGUCCCUGCAGUGAGAGGCAUCCACAAAAGGCCUGGAAAGAUUGUAAUACAUGAACAUGCUCAGUUUGGAGGGGAAGCGCUGGAGUUCUUCCAUGACGUGGAAGAUGCCACCACGUUGAAGCUGUCUCCUGUCAUCUCAGUCAGAGUCAUUAGAGGAUGCUGGCUGUUGUAUGAAAAACCUGGCUUCCAGGGUCGCAUCAUCGCCCUCGAGGAAGGUCCCACCGAGCAGAUAGUGAACAUAUGGGCCGAUGAGGAAACUCCAACAACAAUGGACCAGAAUGGUCAGCCUGUUCCAACUGCACCUCUGGUCAUAGGUUCCAUCCGAUUGGCAGUCAGAGACUACUGCGUUCCCAGGAUUGACCUGUUUUCAGAGGUCAAUGGGAUGGGGAGGAUGGCGUCGUACUGCGACGACACUGUAGAGAUCGGCUCAUAUGGGAUCCCACAGACCACUGGCUCCAUUAAGGUCCAUUCAGGCGUCUGGUUGGUGUGCAGUGAUCCAGGCUUUGGAGGUUUUGUAGGAGUUCUAGAGGUGGGAGAAUAUCCCUGUCCAGAGAGCUGGGGUUUCGCUGAGCCCUUCAUCAGCUCCCUCAGACCUCUACACAUGGGAGCAAUACGAGUGGAGAACCCUCACGAAGUCAAGGCUUUAUUGUUCGAGAAGCCUAACUUUGAUGGAGAGUGCAUGGAGGUGGACAGCCAUGUGUACAGUCUGCAAGAAACAGAAGAAGAAGAGGAAACAUCUAAAUGUGACAAAUAUAAGAAAAUAUUGCCCACAGUGGGCUCUAUAAAGGUCCUCAGUGGUCUCUGGGUGGGCUAUCAAGAGGAAGACUUUGAGGGCCAGCAGUACAUUCUAGAGGAGGGAGAGUAUCCACACUACAGUGACUGGGGAGCGUCUGAGGAUGGGAUCCUGUCCCUCCGGCCUGUGUGCACAGAUUUCCAGUCUCCACACGUUAAACUGUACAGCGAGCGAAACUGUGACGAGCUGGGUCUCAACGUGAAUUUGCUUGGUCCUGUCCUCAACAUGGAGGGCAUCAGCCACGGGACCAAGACUCAGUCUGCCAACGUCAUGAGUGGAGUAUGGGUGGCGUUUGAAAAGCCUGGAUUUGGUGGAGAGCUCUAUGUGCUGGAGAAAGGCCUGUAUGCAAACCCAGAUGACUGGGGAGCCCAGAACUUCAAGAUCUCAUCCAUACAGCCAGUCUUCCAUGAAUUGCUGAUGGGCUCUCCAAAAUUCAAGGUGCAGCUGUACUCUGAGCCAGACUUCCAGGGAAGGCUGGUGGCUCUGGAGGAGAGCACAGCAGCUCUGGAUGAAGACUUCAUGCCCAAGUCCUGUAAGGUGCUGACUGGCAGCUGGGUGGCCUAUGAAGGAGCUGAGUUCACAGAGAACAUGUACGUGCUGGAGGAGGGAGAAUACUCCAACACUGUGGCCAUGGGCUUUCCGUCCUCGGACUCCACCAUCCGCUCCAUACACACUGCUGGACACGAGCUCUCGCUGCCCUCCAUCAGCCUGUUCAGCAAGGCUAACUGCAGAGGUCGCAGGGUGGUGUUGACCGGCGGAGCCGUGAACCUGCAGCUGAUGAGCCUCAACACACGCAUACGAUCUGUGCUGGUGGAGGGAGGAACGUGGGUGUUGUAUGAAGGCAGCAACUACCGUGGUCGACAGCUGCUUCUUCAGCCGCGUGAAGUCACCGACUUGUGCAAGUUAAACGGCUGGCAGCGGCUGGGAUCCCUGCGUCCGUUACUUCAGAAACAGACGUACUUCUGCCUGCGGAACAGGGAGACAGGAUGUAUAAUGUCUCUGACAGGAACUCUGGACGACGUUAAACUGAUGAGGAUUCAGGCUGUGGAGGAGACGGGAGGAGUCGAGCAGAUCUGGCUCUAUCGGGACGGACAGCUCACCUGCAAGCUGGUGGAGGACUGUUGCCUGGAGACCUCGAGCAAUGUGGUGAUGGCGGGAAGUCGACUUUGUGUUUCCCCAGAGCGAGGCAAGGAAAAUCAGCUGUGGAACAUCACACCUGACGGCCUGGUGCACUGCCAUUUCAAACCUGAUCUGGUCCUGGAAGUCAAAGGUGGUAAACAAUAUGACAGGAACCAGGUGAUUCUCAACACAUUUGAUGAGAGAAAACUGAACCAGAGGUGGACCUUGGAGAUCCUAUGAGAAGAGGAGCAUUUGGUCCCCACAGCCCUCUCCUGCAGCUGCGUCACAGGGCACUGAGCUCUGUGAAGCAGCUGCAGCGUGUGACCCAAAAACACUUCACUCCUUUAUUUUUGUUUUGACUCUGUUUACUCUGGACCAAUAUUGUGACAACUAACUAAACUUUAUAGUGCAUGCUCUUACAUAACAGUUGAUGAAACAUGUUCCCUCUUUUCCUAAAAAAUGGAUAAGUUAAGUAAAAAGUUGCUAAUUUUCUAACACUGUAUACACCAAAGAAUGUGUUUUAACAGCAUGUAGUGAAAAAUCUGCCCUGUUUCAAUGCUGCAUCUCUCCAUCUUACCUUUCUACUGCAUGGUUUCUCUGAUCUUACUGCUGACAAAUAUGAAUGUUUACGUCAACACUGAUGUGCCUACACUCCACGAUUUAAUUAAAUUAUGUGAUAUUCAAAUAGGUCAAAGAUGACCUAUUGUAAAGUUUUGAUAUUAUUCUUAGGAUCCCAACAGAUUUUUACACUUUUACACAAACUGUACUUUUCUUCAUUUGGUUGUACAUAAACAUUAAAUGUAUAGUUUUUAGUAGAAAUAAUUUCAAGACGGAACUGCAGCUACAAUGUUGCCCACUGUUAGUUGUAAAUAUGUUGAUGUGAAAUGAGGAAACUGUUACACAUGAAAAUAAACAAUUGGUUGUA